GAAGUCCGGUUUUUUAUUAUGUUCCAUCGAGGACAGAGCUUCUAAUCAUUGUGUGACAAUCAAUUUUUUACUACACACAACGGAAACCCAAUUAUGAUUUGUGUUGUUUGUCUAUCCAGACAAAUGAUCUGGUUACAAUGUUCAUUCGCCACUAAAUUGUUUCAAGUUUUUUUUUGCCAACACUCUCAAAUGCAGACCAUAUGUCUUGUGUAUGACCAAUAAUAACGACUACCACCACCACCACCACAAUUGUUUUAUCACAUGUCGAGUUCAUCGAGUCGUAUUCAGGCCUCUCAUCAUGGUAUUGUUUAUUCCUCAGUGUGUGUGUUUGGUGACCAAUGAUGACAAUAAUAGUUAUCAUGAUUUAACGAAAUGGUAUAUACUUUACUUGUUAUUAUUAUUGUCAAACUGAAAUUAUGUUUUCGUCUAAUUGAUUGGUGGUGAGUCAUUCAUAUCAUGCAAUCAUAAUAAUACUAGAAUAGAAUUGUUGUUGUUUCCUUGGAUUCGAUGUAAUAUAUUGGCGCGUCUGUGUUUACAUAAAUGUUCAUUAUAAAAUUUUUCCUUUUGAUUACAAUGAUUCUCAUUACUUGAAUCGGUGUCUGAGAGUUUGCUGUUCUAUGUCAGCCAAUUGGGUUGUCGAAUUUUUUUUCUUUCCGAUGCCGCUACAAAUUCUCAAAUUCUCAGUGAUUUUAAUGGGCAUUAAUAAUAAUAAUGUGCUGCUCAAUGGCUGUCAUGAAGAUUCUAGUAGAAGAAAUAAUCAAAACAUUCAAAGUGAUCGAAUCAAAAAUUGUUUAAAUGGGGUAAAAAUGUAAAAUUGUCGAAAUUGCGAAAAUGAUGCCAUCAUAUUGGAAACCAGCUUAUUAUCUGAUACGAAAAAAUAAAUAUUUCUUCAUCGGUUGCCUGCUUGGCAUUCUAUUAUCAUUAUUAUUUAUGCCAAUGUUGGAAGAUUGUUCGAAACCAAAUUCAUUGAAUGGUGAUGAAAAUGAUACCGAAUCAAUCCAAGUGUUGAAAAUGAAUCGACGAGAUUAUCAUCUAUUUGUACGAUUAGAAAAAUGGUAUCGUGAAAUGUCUCGUUCAGAUUAUAAUCCAAUGAUUCGUAAUAAAACCGUCAUGAUCAAUGAGGCAAAUUCACAUGCACUUCAUAUGAUUAAUCAGCCAAAAUUAGCCAUCAACAGUAUGGUACGUGAUAAGAAACUUAAAUUUUUUCGUCCUCGUUUCCAUUCAAUUGAAUUGAAUAUCAAAAUGAAACUAUUAGUUUGCGUAUCGAUUAGGCCACAAUUGCUUAUCCAAUCAUCAUCACCCCAAUCGGAUCAAUAUGACCAAUUGAUUGUACAAUACAUGAAUAUGACCAAUGAAUUAAUGUUGAACGAUUUCAGCGAUAAUCUUCUUUACUUCUAUCCAGACAUAUCAACAGGCAAUAUGAUUGUCUCCUACAGUGGUAAUCACCGACUUGAUGUAUGGCCACAAAAUGAUAAUGAUCUUCCAUUUCAUGUAAUUAUAAUGGAUUAUUUAAUAGCAAAGCGAAAAUUGGAUGAAUAUGCCAUGAUUUUGAUGAUUACCGAACGGACUUGUCUGCAUUCAUUCAAUCUUCAGCAAUAUCUUCGAACGCUGUCCGUAUCGGAUUUGGUGCUUUCCACUUCGAAUGAUGAUCAAUCUUCAAUGACUGAAGAUUCGAAAUUAAAAUUUAUCGCUACUAAUUUGGGCCACAAUGAUCAUAUCUUAAAUUACGGUCUUUUGGUCAGUUCAACUUUGAUAUCAAUGUGUGAUCAUGAUUGGCCAUGUUAUGUGAAGAGAAUUUCCCGUAAUAAUAAUAACCGACAUAUCGAUGGAAAUGUCCAUUAUUGGCAUCGAUCAUUUUCCAAUACUCAUUCUUUUGAAUCGAUCUCAUCCAUUAGUUCGUUUCUACGGGAUAAUGAACAAACCAUUCUAGACUCUAUUUUCAUCUAUCCUAUUCAUUUUCUAUCCACUACUUACCAACUUUUACAAACACUCAUAACAGUCGAUAGUAUUAGUCGAUUGAAUUUGAAAAUCGAAACAAUCGAACAAAGAUUGAUUUCCAUAACGAAAUCCACUUUAUUUAAUGGCUCUUUUAGAUCGCGUAAACCACGAAAUCGUUAUGAAGUAAAUUGUUGGUUAUAUUCCAAUGAAACGCACAUGUUUUUGCCAAAUGAUGUCCAAAUAAUUCGUGCGUUGAACGCCGAUGAAUUGAAACAAAUUCGUCAAAUUAAAAGCCAAUGUUUAGAAUGGAUCAAUCAUCAUCGACCACAGUUUUGCAUCAAGUUGCAAGAUUUAUCCAUUGAAAAUUUAUAUCAAAAAUUUGAUGCAGUUCGUGGUCUUGAAUAUAUUGUCGACUUGCGAGUAAAUAAAUGCAAUUCAUUGCCAUCAGAAUCAUAUCGUUUUCAAAUGCUAAAACCAUUGAAUCCAAUUGAAAUAGUGACCGAUAUACCACAUGCAAGUGAAAAUUUACGGCUUACAAUGAUAUUACCUGUUCGCGGUCAUGCCGAAGUUCCCGUAGCCAUAGGUUUUCUCGAUCAUUAUGCAAAUGUGUGUCUGAAAAAUUCCAAUCAUAAUACCAUGUUGAUCAUCGUGCUCAUACGUACUCGUUAUAUCUCACUAAAUGAUUCAAUCGAUAGUGAAUUUGAAAGAAAAGAAUUUCAACGACUAAAAAAAUUAUCAUUAUAUUUGCAAACAAAAUUCCAGUCAAAUUCGGUUCGAAUCAUAUUUAUGGAUAUCAAUCCACCGGAUGCAAUUUAUACGAACGAUUCAUCAAGUCCACCGCGAACAAGAUUUCCAUCCGAAAUGGUCUAUUUGGAUCUUAUCACACGUUCGUUGAUGGCCACAUCAGCCAACGAACCAAUACUAUUAUUACAUUGUCGAAGCAAUAUGCUUUUCACCACUCAACUAUUGAAUCGUGUACGUGUCAAUACGAUUCCUGAUAGUCAGAUAUUUAUUCCAUUACCUUUUGUUGAAUAUCGAUUACGUACGUAUAAAUCGAAUCAAGAUUUUGAACAAAUUCUACGAAAACAAUCCAUAUUUCAAGAAAAAUUUAAUCUAUCCCUUCAUCAAUUGACCAUGGAUGAAAGGUCACCAGCUGGAAUUACAUCUUCAAUGAAAUUUUUCGAUGUUCGCAAAGAUAAUGGUUAUUUUGAUGAUACCAAUCAACAGAUCGUUUCUUUCUAUCUCCAUGAUUAUGUACGUGCACGAAAACAAACACAAACAAUAAUGCCCAUCAUACGAAAUCGACAAUCAUUGGUUAAAUAUCAACACAUUUAUUAUGAUACCCAAUGGGAUUUAUACCAAAUGUUUGUACAAUCUAAUGAUCGAAUUGCCAAAGAUGAUAGUAGGUCAUUGAUAAUGAUGAAGACCACCGAACCUGAUCUAAAAUUAUAUCACACAUCAAUUCUAGAUGAUUGUGAUCAUUUUGAAUCGAAUAUACCAAACUAUCGAUCCUGUUUUCAUCGAUCUUUGUAUGGAUUAGGAUCGAAACAGAAACUUGCUGCCAUCAUUUAUGAAUACAUUCGACGGACAAAAACAUGAUAAAUCUUUUUUUAUUUUUGUUUAAAUUUUAUUUGUGAUAUAAAAAAUAUGGUACAAAAAAUAAUCAAAUAAAUAUAA